UCCAAAACACAAGCGAAAAGAGAAAAUCCAUUAAAAUUGUGAAUUUAGUGCGAAAACCGCGUCAAAAAUGGCAAACACUUCCAUCAAAAUGGAAACCCCGAACACGAGUCUUCACGACAGCGACGGAAACAUCACGAUAAUGACGGCGACGCCGCAGCAACAACAAUCCAGUCCACAACAACAAACAUUCACGAUAAAUCCGCAGCAACUUGCGAGCCUGGGUGGCGGAAUUCACGUAUCGGGCGCGAAUUCGCUGCCCGGAACACCCGUAAAAACGUUCAUGACGUCGCCGCAGCUGCAACCGCAACUCAUCAACCCCUUUCUGCAAGGCCAGAUUCAACUUGCGGGUCAAGCGGGACAACAAAUCCAGCUCGCAGGUCAAACGGCGGGCGGACAACCCAUUCACAUCAAUCAAGCGGGCCAAAUUCAGGUCGUGCAACCCGUGCAAACGGUAACUGUCGACGGGCAAGAAGCACUUUUUAUUCCCGCGACAGGACAACAAAUUCAACUGGGGCAAGCGGGACAACAAAUUCAACUUGCAGGACAGCACGGACAACAAAUUCAGCUGGGACAAGCUGGCGGGCAACCAAUUCACAUCAAUCAAGCAGGUCAAAUUCAGCUUGGACAACAACCGCAGCAGCAAACUUUCAUCACGCCUCAAGGACAAAUUAUUAGGGCGCCAAAUGUGAUGGCGCCGCAAAAUCUAAUGGCUCAAACUGUUCAACUCCCGAACGGACAAACAGUUCAAGUGAUGAAUCCGAUAAUGCAGUUGCCCAUGGCGACGCAACAAACGAUUCCCGUUCAAGUCCCGAUCUCCUUAGGGAACGGGCAAACGAUUUAUCACACGGUUCAGUUCCCCAUUCACGGUGCCAUGCCGCAAAUUGUUCAACCGCAAAUGCAAAUUAUUCCCCAGAUGCCACAAACGACGCAAGUUAUCACGCCGCAAGGCAUCCAACAGAUCCAGCUAACGCCUCUGAGUCAAUUGGGACUUCCCAAAAUGGACCAACAUCAAGCGGUUUCCAUCAUGCAAGCGUCUCAAGCGACUCCGACAAUAACGACAUCUGUUGUCACAAUGGCGUCAACGCAGGGAAAUACGACAACGACAACGUCAUCUAUCGGCGGGAGUCCGCAACCGACGCAAAGUCUCAAUCAGAGCUUGAAUACGUCGCAGCACGACAAUAGCGGAUCCGCCCAAAACACAAGUCAAAACUUAAACACGUCAAAUUCGAGUCAAUCGGGUCAAAAUGCGCAAACGAGUCAAGCGCAGCAACAAAUUCAAAUUCAACAACUGCCGACCGUUUCGAUGGCGCAACAAAUUUCGCAGCUGCAGCAAAAUGCGCAACCAAUUACGAUCACGAAUGCGCAAGGACAACAAAUUUCCGUAAUUCCCGCGUUGCAAAAUCUCCAAGGCAUUCCCGGAUUGCAGAAUAUCCAAACGCUCCAACGUCCUGCGGCCCAAACUGCCCAAAAUAUCAUCCAAAUGCCCGCCCAGCAACAAACCCAAUCAUUCCCCAUUCAACAUAUCCCCGGUUUGGGUACCGUUCAAAUUGUUCCCUCGAACAUGCUGAACUCGAACACGAUCGCGCAAGCAGCUGCCAAUGCCCAGCAACCGUCGUACCAACAACUCCAGAACAUCACUUUUGCUCCCGCGACGCAAAAUAUCACAACAAUCCCCAUGAAACAAGAAGUCCCGAUCAAAGUUUUUCUCAAGCAGGAACAAAAUCAAGCCGAACAACAGCAGCAGGCGCAAAAUCAACAACAACAGCAAAGCAACCAAAAUCAAUCCACAGCAAAUAAUAAAAAUCAGCAACAAGCUCAAUCUCAAAAUCAACAAAGUCAACAACACGAAACGACGACUUUUCAAGUAAGCACUGCGAGUUUGACUUCGACGCCAGUGACCUCGACAAUAAUUGCAACGGGACCAAAUACGGAUCCGAAUAGUACGGCACACACGACGCCAGCGGUGAAUGUGAACAUCAGUGUGAUCGACAAUAUGGAACAGACGACGAAGACGAGGUUGAAACGCGUUGCUUGUACGUGUCCGAAUUGCAUUCAGGGCGAGAGGCAUGCGGAUCGGAAGAAACAACAUAUUUGUCAUAUUGCGGGUUGUAAUAAGGUUUAUGGGAAAACUUCGCAUUUGAGGGCGCAUUUGAGAUGGCAUACAGGCGAACGCCCCUUCGUUUGCGUCUGGCCAUAUUGCAACAAACGUUUCACCCGUAGCGACGAGUUGCAACGUCAUCGUCGCACGCACACAGGCGAAAAACGGUUUCAGUGUUCCGAGUGCUCCAAAAAAUUCAUGCGAAGCGAUCACUUGUCGAAACACAUCAAAACACACAACAAGCCCAAGAAAGAUGGCGUCAUGCUGAUGGGCAUGUCAACGCAAUCCGCAACGUCAGACAGCAACGAGAGCAGCGAUCAAAAGGUCAUCAUGAGUGUUCGCGACGACGGCACGGAAGAAUUUACGCUGGGCUCCUAGUUGUCGCAGGAAACGUUACUUGAUGUCAACAGUUACUUCUUCUAAGUAGGAUUUUUCCCGAAAAAAAAAAUCUGCAUAGAAAAUUAGUCAAAAAUGAGCAUCAACAGGGCGUUUCACACGAAAAUUUUAACGAAAAUUUAAAAAAAAAAAAUAAAUUGCGAGAAAUUUGUACAUAUUUUAGUGACUGUCACGAAAAAUUUUCGAUCACUUCACACACUGAAUUUACUUAGUA